AUGUCUUCGCUUUCCCUCUUAUUUUUGCCGAGAAGUCGCAAGGUCGAAUUCUACGUUGACAUUACAGUGCAUGAGCUGGUCAAUGUUCCAUUAGUCACAGGUAACUAUUACGUUAAAUGGCGUUUAAAACAUGGCGAGAAGACGUCCGGGUCGAGUAAACGAGCUCAACUUAGCGUACUAAGUGAUCACAGUGUAGUAUGGAAUUAUCAGUUUAAGACAAUCGUUCAGCUCGUUAUUGGUAGGGAUGGUUACCUUAUGCCUUGUGAACUCAAGUUAAGCAUAAAGCAGGAAUUGAGCGGGGGUAAAGAGCUAAAUAUAACAAUGAAGCAAAAACAUACAGGAGAUGUUGCCUAUAAAGUACCUCCACUUAAGAAAGCUCACAUAUUCGGAGGCAUUACUGGCAUAAUAUCGGAACGAAAAGAGCUGCAGGAUGACGAGAGAUCAAUUCUUGGGUAUCGAACCAUGUCGGUAUUAGCACCGCAUAUAUCACGAUCUAGGUCAACUCCUUCGCUGAGAUCAUCUUAUUUGGCACAAGAAUCAAGAAUAUCGUCGCCGGCAGUCAGCAGACUUCGAGAUAUGGAAGAUUUGUCGGCCGUCGACGUGAUCGAGGAAAUAUUUAUGGGAAAUGCUAUAAUUGACGAUGAAUCAAGUGAUGCCAAUACAAUUCAUUCUGCUAUAUGA